UGGGUUCCAAACAAUUCCAAUGGCUGCAAAAAGCAAGAUCUUGGUCAUUGGAGGAACUGGGUACAUUGGAAAAUUCAUAGUUGAAGCCAGUGCUAAGGCUGGCCAUCCUACUUUUGUUCUUGUUCGAGAAUGCUCCCUCUCUAACCAUGCUAAAUCCAAAAUCAUCAACCAUUUAAUCACCUUAGGAGCCUUCUUUGUCUUUGGAGAUUUGUAUGAUCAUGGGAGUUUGGUGAGGGCAAUAAAGGAGGUGGAUGUGGUUAUUUCUGCGAUUGGUUACCAUGAUUUGGCCGAUCAAGAUAAGAUCAUUGCUGCUAUUAAAGAAGCUGGUAAUGUUAAGAGAUUCUUUCCUUCAGAGUUUGGAAAUGAUGCAGAGCGUUGCCAAGCAGUUGAACCUAUAAAAACAGUAUCUGCCAUUAAGUCUAAAAUUCAACAAAUGAUUGCAGCUGAGAAAAUUCCUUACACCAUUGUGUGUUCCAACUGUUUUUCUGGCUUCCACCUCCCCACUUUGGCACAAACUGGAGCCUCAGGACCCCCCAGAGAAAGAGUCAUUAUCUUAGGGGAUGGAAAUCCAAAAGCAAUUUUUAACAGAGAAGAGGACAUUGGCACUUAUACUAUCAGAGCUGUGGAUGAUCCAAGAACCUUGAACAAAACUCUCUACAUCAGACCUCCUGGAAACAUCUGCUCAUUCAAUGAUCUUGUGUCUUUGUGGGAGAAGAAGAUUGGUAAAACCCUCAAGAGAAUCUAUCUUCCAGAGGAACAACUUCUAAAGAACAUUAAAGAAACCUCACCUCCAAUUAAUGUGUACUUAGCAGUUUAUCACUCUAUCUUUGUGAAGGGAGAUCAAACCAACUUUGAAAUUGAGCCAUCAUUUGGAGUGGAAGCCGCACAGCUUUAUCCCGAUGUAAAAUACACUCCGGUGGAUGAGUUUCUCAAUCAUUUUGUCUAAGAGCCAAACUUUGCUAUUGUUAAUCUUCUAAAUCGAGUUUCACCAUCUUAUUGGAUAAUUAAGUAGGUUCUGUCUAGCUGGGAGAGAUAGAAGAUAGUUGCUGCUGUGUCAGGUUGUGUGAUUGAAAGUGGGUGCUUGCCUCUUUGAGUGCCUACUUUGGUUGAUUCUGUAAAAGUGUAGGGUUAGUAUGUUGAAAUAAUC